CUGUCAAAGCAAGUCAUUGAAAACUGAUAACAUACAAGAUUUAGAGAUGAACAACAUUCACUUAUCAGCCGUUAGCGACACCACUGUUCGCACGCACUCACGUAAAACAAACGUCGUCUGGUGUGUUAUUAACAGAUAAUUCUGGAGCACAAGCUAAAGAAACACUUUAUUGAUCAUCACUAUCCGCGUGCCCGUCAGGAUUGACGUCAUCGCGCGUGUGGCGCGUGGAUGUUCCCGCCUCUCGUUCAGUCCCGCCACACGUGAUUCCCGAAUCAAAAAUCCAGUAUGGCGGAAUCUGUCAGACGGCGCUUCUGUGGCUUUUGCGCAUUCCGGGCGAAUUCAGAUGUGUGCCGUUGAUCCCGCGAGCGUCCUGCGUCUGCCGCGAUCAGCUGCUGGAUCUGUCGAGACGAGGAGCAGGAAACGCUGCUUUGCUGGAGCUGUAUCUGAAGUUUAGAGAAGGCAUCAGCUGCUCCAGACAUCAUGACUUCUCCGAGUCACUCAGACUCUCAGAUGGAUCAGACUGUGGAGCUUUUGAAACCGUCUGCGUUUGACCACAUUCCCACAGUGGAGCUGAGUUCUGCUCUGCCUGCAAGGGUUCCUCCGGCUGCAAUCCCCAUGGAGCUGCGUGUGGAGCAGACGCAGACGCUGGACUCGAGCCGUCGCGAGCAGCAGCUGCAGCACGAGAUGAUGGCGCUCAAACACAAGCAGCAGGUUCAGCGGCAGAUCCUCAUCGCAGAGUUCCAGCGGAAACACGAGCAGCUCUCGCGCCAACACGAGGCCCAGUUACAGGAGCACAUGAAGCAUCAGCAGGAGCUUCUGGCCCUCAGGCAUCAGCAGGAGCUGCUGGAGCAACAGAGGAAGAUGGAGCAGCACCGUCUGGAGCAAGAGAUGGAGAAACAGCAGCGAGAGCAGAAGCUACAGCUCCUCAAGAACAAAGAACGUGGCCAGGAGAGUGCAGUGGCCAGUACUGAGGUCAAGAUGCGUCUGCAGGAGUUUGUUCUGAAUAAAAAGAAAGCGCUCGCUCAGCGCAGUCUCAACCACUGCAUCUCCAACAGCCCACGCUACUGGAGCGGGAAAACUCAGCACAGUUCUUUGGAUCAGAGUUCCCCUCCUCAGACCAGCGUUAGUUCCUAUAACCAUCCUAUCAUGGGCGUCUACGACUCCAAAGAUGACUUUCCACUGCGCAAAACAGCGUCUGAACCAAACCUGAAGCUGCGUUCGCGUCUGAAGCAGAAGGUGUCGGAGCGGAGGAGCAGCCCGUUACUGCGCCGCAAAGACAGUCCCAUCAGCACGCUCAAGAAACGCUCUCUGGACAUGGCAGAUUCGGCGUGUAGCAGCGCUCCUGGUUCAGGAUCCAGUUCCCCAAACAACAGCUCACACGGAAACCUGUGCGAGAACAACACCAGUGUGACUGAGUCGUCUCACAGGCCGGCGGGUCAGGACGGGGGGGUCAGUCAGCUGUCUCUCUACACGUCUCCUUCAUUACCCAACAUCACCCUGGGUCUGCCGGCCACCGGCACCAACAACGUGACAUCUACCCAGCCGGACAGUGAAUGUUUGUCUGUGACCGGUUUACCCAUAAGCUCUCCGUUCCUGGUCACCUCUCACCUGCCAUCAUUUCUUGGCAAUUCGGACACUGCAAACUCCCACAAUGCAUUACUGCAGCACAUGGUCCUUCUGGAGCAAUCAGCCCCACCGAGUCCUUUGGCCACAGGGAUGGGAGUGGGGUCACUGCAGAAGCUGGGUCAGCACCGGACGCUGGGCCGCACACAGUCGGCUCCUCUACCCCAGAGUGGACAGGCUCUUCAGCAGCUUGUGGUUCAACAACAGCACCAGCAGUUCCUGGAGAAACACAAGCAGCACUUCCAGCAGCUCCACAUCAACAAGAUGUUGAGUAAACCCUGUGAGCGGCAGCACCAGAGUCACCCAGAAGAGACGGAGGAAGAGCUCCGAGAGCAGCAAACGGAAACCCUUCCCAUGAGCCUCCACAUCAAACAGGAAGUCGCUGAUCUCACAGAGGAGCAGGGACAGGAUGAACAAGAGCUGCUCUUCAAACAGCAGGCCCUUCUUCUGGAGCAGCAGAGGAUUCAUCAGCUCAGAAACUACCAGGCGUCGAUGGAGGCGGCCGGUGCAUCGGUCAGUUUCCCAGGACACCGUCCUCUGUCCAGAGCCCAGUCAUCUCCUGCAUCCGCCUCCUUCAUCAGUCCACAGGAACAGCCUUCCAAACCUCAUUUUACCACAGGUCUGGUGUAUGACUCUCUCAUGCAGAAGCACCAGUGUAUGUGUGGAAACACCAACACACACCCCGAACACGCCGGACGCAUCCAGAGCAUCUGGUCUCGGCUGCAGGAGACGGGUCUGCGCAGCCGGUGUGAGUGUAUCCGUGGGAGAAAAGCCACAUUAGAGGAACUGCAGACGGUUCAUUCUGAAGCUCAUGUCAUGUUGUAUGGAACCAACCCACUACGGCAGAAACUGGACAGUUCUGUCAUCUCUAUGUUCGUCAGGCUGCCGUGUGGCGGCAUUGGGGUGGACAGUGACACGGUCUGGAAUGAAGUUCACUCGUCGAGCGCAGCGCGUCUGGCUGUCGGUUCUGUGGUCGAACUCGUCUUCAAAGUGGCAUCAGGAGAGCUGAAGAAUGGUUUCGCAGUGGUCCGGCCGCCGGGACACCACGCAGAGGAGAGCACACCCAUGGGCUUCUGUUACUUUAACUCUGUUGCCAUAGCAGCUAAACUCCUACAGCAGAGACUCAAUGUCGGCAAAAUUCUGAUUGUUGAUUGGGACGUUCAUCAUGGCAACGGAACACAACAAGCGUUCUACGACGAUCCCAGAGUUCUGUACAUCUCACUUCAUCGAUACGACGAUGGUAAUUUCUUCCCGGGCAGCGGUGCUCCUGAAGAGGUGGGCAGUGGACCGGGGGUCAGUUUCAAUGUCAACAUGGCGUUUACUGGAGGACUGGAUCCACCGAUGGGAGACGCAGAAUACCUCGCUGCCUUCAGGACGGUGGUGAUGCCGAUCGCGAGCGAGUUUGCUCCAGAUCUGGUGCUGGUGUCUGCAGGGUUUGACGCGGUGGAAGGACAUCCUCCUCCUUUGGGAGGAUACAAACUCACCUCCAGAUGUUUGGGUCACCUGACUAAACAGCUGAUGGGGUUAGCGGGGGGUCGAGUGGUGCUGGCGCUGGAGGGAGGUCAUGACCUCAGGGCCAUAUGUGACGCCUCUGAGGCCUGCGUCUCAGCGCUGCUGGGGAUAGAGCUAGAGCCGCUUUCUGCAGACGUCCUGAAGCAGAGACCCAAUGAAAACGCUGUGCGCUCCAUAGAAAAAGUCCUGGAAUAUCACAGUCAGUACUGGAGCUGUGUCCAGCGGGUGGUGUCCAGCGCAGGUUUGUCUCUGCUGGAAGCUCAGAGAGGCGACUCUGAGGAGAACGAGACCGUGUCAGCGAUGGCUUCUUUAUCUGUCGCAGCAUUGGAGAAAAGGACGGAGGAUGAGCCCAUGGAAGAGGAGCCGCCGAUGUAGGGACGAGAGUUUAACCAGAGCUCUUCUGGGACUCUGUAUCUGUUUGACUUGGUCUCGUCUGACGGAGAUCCUCGCUGAGCAGAGAGAGACGUCAGGGCACAAAGGCUAACCGCUACGUUAGCGCUGUAGCCCGCUAGCACUGUGGCCCCAAUGCAACGUGCUCAAGCUGAAGUCACUUGAGACGUUUGUUUUUGGAGAUUUCUGUCCCAUUGGCUCGAUGCGCACACCUCGUGGCAGACGUCAGCCGGCAGAUCGUUCUGACAGAGGAGAAGCAGGGCCCAACAAACCCUCUGCGGUCUCCAGAAACUGCUGUUUGUUUAGAGAGACACCAGACACACUUCACCACCAUAAACACUACAAGACGUGACCACAGGGGGGCGCUGUGACGCCUUACAGGUGUUUCUCAGAGACACAGUGCCUUUGUUGAGAUUCACCAAUGAAUUCUGAGGAACUUUGCAUCAAGUCAGUAAUGUCAUAAACACAUUACCCAUAAUUCCAGUGGGCUGACUUUAGAGAAGAGAAAACCUUUUCAGCAUGUUUACUUGGACAGCGUUCACGCAUUAGUCCUAAACGCACAUUGUCUAGCGAUGACUGACUUUGGUUUGUUUUUUGUCUGAGCUGCACAAAUGCUGCAGAAAAUCUUCCUGAACUUCCAGUGAUGUUUAACAGUGUCUCGACGUCACACACUGCAGCUCCAUGAAACACAGCUGAAGGCAGGCCUUGGUUCUUCAGCGGUUUAUUGACUGGCACGUGCAUUACAGGAGAGAUCUACAGGACACCCGGACCGAACCGGACACCAGGAGGACUGAUCGAAGCAUGAGUCUGCAUCUUGUGUUGCACCUUUUUCUAACUAUGUUUUGAAAAGUGCAGUGUUUACGAGACCACAGCGUAUGGGAAUGAUUUUCCACUGGAUUCAUCAUGGGACCGGACAAGAGACGACUACGUACCAAAUCAGCUUGUGUCCCUCUUGAACAAAACAAACCUUGUAAAAACUAAUUCGCGACUUGAUGAUGUUUAAACCCGUAAGCAUGAGGCGGGAUCGGCACGAGAUAUGCAUGUGAAAUCAUUUUUCUGCUUCUCUUACGAACCGUAAACGAGUCUCAUCUCUCAACAACAGUUUCACCUCUUUACAACUCAUCAACUUGCUCAGUUUAUUUCAGAUACUGAUCAUUUUUUAGGUUUUAGUAAUUAAUUAUUCAUGUUUUGUACAGUUUUCAUUCCUUUUUUUAUUACCUGAAAUUUCAGAUAUUUGUACUUUUCACUUGACUUUGCUCUUUAUUAUUUGUGCUAGUGGAUUUUAGUUCCAUUAUUUGGGUUACACUUGGUGUCAUAUACUUUGAGCUACAUGAACACUGACGUGUGUGUGUGUGUGUGUGUGUGUGUGUGUGUGUGUGUGUGUUUUCAACCAUUCUUUGAUUGAUUGUGUACUUCCACGGUUUGUUCAAAGUAAAUUUGUAUAUAAGGAAAUCUAAAUAUUUCAUCACUGUUCUGUGAGCAGCACACACUGGUCUUAAAUAUACUAAACCUUAUUUUGUUUUGUUUUUAUUACAAGGAUAAGUUGUACAAGGAGAAGCAAACAAAAAUAUAUAUUUAGUUCAUCACCUGCAACACGUUCAGUGAAGACAACCAGAGCAUGUUCUACAACACAAGUGAAUCCAAACUAAAUAAAGCUGUGACGAUGUUCACAAA